UGGGUUUGGAUCUAUGCUUUUACGGUUUCCAGCACGACAUGCUCGCUUUAGCAUGGUAGCAUAGGUGCAAACCCACCCUACCACAUCCUUCUGAUGGGUAGGGAGGCGUGGUCUUGGGGGUAGCGCAGGUCGCUGUGAUCCCCAAGGCAAGUUUGGUGGACUAACCUUCCCGAGGUUGCCAACCCUGUUUUUGGUCUAAUACCCUAUGUAUUAGACGUAACUAAAACCACCAAGCGAACUUUUGCAGGGAUGUAGAGGUCAUGUCCUUGCGAGUUCAUCGUCCAAAAUAAAAGGACGGUGGACAGUAAAUGACCUCCCGCGUGUUUGUGCCGUGCGCGGGGACCCGUACGGGGGGAUGAAGGAGUCCUGGAGGUUGAGUGGAGUAGUGCGCCGGUACAGUUGUGCGCUGCACACAACACACCUCUUUGGUCUGGAUUUCCCCUCACACGGGAGGCCGUGGAUUAGCUGACCACGGUCAACCGGCUGUGGUAUCCCGUAAGAGGGCUACCAAGCGAGAGUCGGGGUGUGGGUGGGGGGGGCGUCGGCGUGGCACGGGACUCGGGGUGAGUUUGCGUCAUCGUCUCGGGAUGCGAACAGCUCCGUACUCUCUUGCGGCGUGCGGGCGCGCCUGCCCCUCUACACGCUGACUCUAUACCGAAGGAGUAGCUCUGACGUCGCUUGCUGAGCAAGGGACGUCCCCGACUUGAGGGCUCCGUGGCGGGUGGAGAGCUCCGACGGUGAAUCUUUUUCAUACCACCACAUGGAUAGAGAGACAAAACACACAAACCAACAAAAGGCUGCAUCCACAGAUGCGCCUAAAACUAACAUAAACAGGGUUGCGUCGCAGGACGUGUUGAGGUGCAAGUCACCAGUGACACGAUACUCUGAUGCCCCUAUCUCGCAAACGGAUGCACCCAAUAGGGCAGCGUCCGAGGCACCAAAGGAGAGGGCAGCGGCUGAGGAAGCGCCAAACCGGGAUGCACCCUUAACCGUGCCCACUCCAAUGGUAUCUCAUACACCACCACACAAGGAUGCGUCCACUGUUGCGGCCAGGCUGACUGCGUCGGUCGAGCAGAAGAUAGCAACUCCGAAGGAUGAUACAGCAAUGUCUGCGUCCAUAGGGGGGGCAUCCGAAGCAAGAUCGAUGCGGAAGACCGAGGCUGCGACGAUGAGCACGUCCAGUGCACAAACCUCGACCAUGGACAUGUCGGCCCUGAAAUCAGCGAUUCAGGAAUCGACUCCCAGGAUGGUCCUAAGCUCCUCAAAAAGGCGACGGCUCAGGAAGGCCAAAAGAGCGACGGAACAGCAACAGCUGAUUACCGGCUCUCAGAGGAUACCUGAGAACCCUGGAACUGCCCCCGCGGUUACCACAACUGCAGGACGCGGGAAAAGGGCACCGAAGCCGACUGGGUCCUCUGCCGCGCUCAAGCCCAUUGGCUCUAGGUGCGGUAAAGGACCUAGAGGGGGGUACCAAACCAAAAACCCAAACCAAACCAAACAACAAACAAAGGGCCAGAAACGCGAUCGGCCAGAGGAAACCGUGACACCGACUGGGGAGAGUAAAAGGGUUAAACCUAACAAACUCCGGCUGGAGUCAGGGACCUCGGCCAGUUACGCGGAAGCGGCAGCAUCCUACAAAGCCAACGAGCUUUGUGUUGCCGUGAUGACUGAGCCCUUUAUAGACAUGACACAAGAACAGGCAGAUAACAUCCGCCUACAAAUCGAGGGUAAAAUCCAAGAUGAGCUCAUGGCGGAUCUUGAAGCUACCCUAGCAACUGAACCCAACGACAUCAGAUUCCGGGGAAGAGCCCACUUCUCAGAUGGUGUCCUCAAAACUUGGUGCGAGGAUACCUACACGCUGGGAUGGCUUACCGGAGCAUGUGAUGUCAUCAAUAAUCCGAUACCGGACACCAAACUGGUGGUACGGCCUCAGUCAGACAUUCCGAAGAAGGUGCCGUGCUUACUGCAUGUUCCAGGGUUCACUGGUAGCACGGAAACUUUACGGAAACUGAUCACCAGGCAAAACCGCCACCUAAACAUCAGAUCUUGGACCCUGACUCACGAACGUAGAACACAGGACCCGACAGGCGUAUCUUUGUUCCUUCGUGUUCCGGAAUAUGAGAUCUCAAAGAUCAAGGCUCACGAACGUCGCAUCUACUAUCUGAUGGGGAACAUCUAUAUCCGAAUUCUGGAAAAGGAUGAACCCUCAGUGGUAGCUGCCGCCACAGUAACUACUGCCAGUACAUCGGGGACGGGAUCCUCGGGGCCAAAGCCGCCCUCGUCAACGACGGAGAUAGCCGCGGUUGCCGAGGUAAACGUCCCCAUGGAGACAGCUCAACAACCACCCUCACCGGUGCAACUAACCUCGGAUGACGAGUUCUUUCAGGAGACAGGGGGGAGUGAAUUCAGCGACAGCUGUUUGCGCUCCUCCCCCUAACCGGACUGACCUUAUCCAGACCAACCUCCAGCACAGCCAAACAGCGUCGGCUUCACUACGCAGACUGCUGGAGACCAACCCGAAGACCAUUGCCGCGAUCCAGGAGCCGUGGAUCAGGAAUGGCAAGGUAUGCGGCCUGGGUAACACCGGUGGUAAACUUUUGCUGGAUACCUCAGGACCUUACAACCAUUAGGUUACCUAGGGACGCACAUCCAGACAUCGUCCUGGCGUCCGCCUACCUACCGGGUGACGAGGACGUGCCCACUCCAGAACUCGGCCUUCUGGCUGACUACUGUGAGAGGGAGAAACUGGAGCUUAUAAUCGCAGCAGACUCCAACGCGCACCACACGCUAUGGGGUAAUGCAAAUACCAACGCUCGAGGUGAGAAUAUGCUUAACUUCAUUCUUAGCAAUAAUCUUAUCUUAGCAAACAGCGGCUCUGAACCAACCUUUAUCAACGCACGCUCGCAAACCAUAAUCGAUCUAACAAUGGUGACCUCUGGUCUGUCAGAUCACAUACAGGAUUGGCAUGUCUCCAGAGAGCUAUCAUGCUCAGAUCACAGGUGGAUCCGCUUUACAAUCAAAGGGGAGCUACCUAAACCACAACCACGACGCAUACCUCGGAGAACUGAUUCAGUAAAAUUUUACAAUAUAAUCGACUCAGAGGUAAGCAAACUAACAAUACCAACCACCAUUGAUGUACAAGACAUAGACAAACAUGUAAAUAACCUAACGUCCCUACUCCAGACCAGCUUUGAACGGUCGUGUCCCCUUACCAUGCCUAGGUGGGGGAGUAGACAUAACUGGUGGUGCCCCGAACUGGAGAGACACCGAAAGAAGGUCAGGAAGCUGUUCAAUAGAGCAGGAAAUACCCGUUUACCUGCCGACUGGGACAAGUACACAAUCGCGAGAAGACGAUUCAAAAAACUUUUACGCUCUAGGAAGCAAGAGUGCUGGAGACACUUCUGCACCAGCAUUGAAAGCAACAACCAGGCAACCAGAGUGAAAUCAUGCCUCUCUAGUGAGCCUUAUCACUCAAUUGGUUGUCUUAAAAAACCUGAUAAAUCAUUUACAAAAACCGAUGCAGAAACAUGUGAACUACUGAUGGAAACACACUUUCCAGGCUGCAUAAUUGCCAACGACCAAGCAUGGCAACCCUACUCAGAAAGUGCCACCACCGACUCAGACUGGAAUGUAGCUCACAAAAUAAUCACAAAUGAAAAAGUAACAUGGGCAAUCAACUCCUUCCUACCAUUCAAAGCGGCUGGCCUGGAUGGCAUCUUCCCAGGCCUACUAAGAUGGAGUAGAAACCUUUUGGUGGACUAUCUUGUCUCAAUCUUCCGAGCAUGUAUAGCCCACCGCUACAUACCCUUGAAAUGGAGGGAAGUGAAAAUAAUAUUCAUCCCAAAACCAGGCAGAGAGGACUAUACCCAGGCAAAAUCCUUCAGACCCAUAAGCCUCACAUCUUUCCUGUUAAAAACAAUGGAGAGGCUUGGAGAUCUGGAAAUACGUAGCCAGGUAUCGCUAUCCAAAUUCCUGCACCCAAAUCAGCAUGCCUACAGCCCAGGCAAGUCAACGGAUUCAUCACUCCACAACGUUGUGUCUCGCAUUGGCGACUCCCUGAAGUUAAAACAGUCAACCCUUGGUGCAUUUAUUGACAUCGAAGGCGCUUUUGACAAAACAAACUUCACGAGCAUUACCAGAGCACUCGUUACAUGUGGAGUAUCAUCAACCCUGAUAGAGUGGAUAAACAACAUGCUAAAACAACGAGCUAUACAGUUCACUGUUAAUUCCACGACACGGGGCAUUGUCAGCAGAGGCUGCCCGCAAGGUGGUGUCUUAUCGCCGCUACUGUGGAACCUUGUAGUUAACGAGCUCAUCACAGAACUCAACGCUGGCAACCUCUACACAGUGGGUUAUGCGGACGACAUAGCUAUCUUGAUAUCGGGAAGCUUUGAAAGUACCCUAUGCGAUCUCAUGGGAAGGGCUUUCAAAGUAAUUGAGAGAUGGUGCAUCAAGCACGAGCUAUCUGUCAACCCAUCAAAAACAGAGCUAAUACUCUUUACAAACCGGAGGGUUCUGGGACCACACAGGCUUCCAAAACUCUUCAACACACAACUCAAACUCAAAAAUGAAAUAAAGUACCUGGGUGUGAUUCUGGACAGUAAACUGCUCUGGAACAAACACCUAGAACACAAACUGAGCAAAGCAACGAUCGCCUUCUAUCAAUGCAAA